GAAAAGUGGUGUUUAGAUCCUCACUGCUUUUGCGCUGUUCAUCUGUCCCGUAUCAUUCAACUACCAACUUCAAUUACUCAUUUACAGUUUCCUAAAAUGCUGCGUGUAUUCCCUCGUUUCAACAGAAAUUUAAUUUCUAUGGUUCGUGCAAAGCCCGCGACUUCAUUAUUGAGAACGUUCCACAGCUCUAUACCUGCCAGAAAUGCCGAAGGAAAAAUUGAAAAUCUUGUGGAAGAAAUUAGCAAGUUAUCUUUAUUAGAAACAUCUAAGCUUGUAGAGCAGCUGAAGCAAAAAUUGAACAUUUCCGAUAUUGCGCCUAUGGCAGCUCCCAUGGCAGUCCCUGGAGCCGCUGCUGGUGCUGCAGAGGAGGCUAAUGAUGAGCCUAAACCAGAAGAGAAGACAACUUGGAAUCUCAAACUAGAAUCUUUCGAUGCAGGUUCAAAAGCUAAGGUAAUUAAGGAAGUCAAAUCUUUGUUGGGGUUGUCUUUGGUUGACGCCAAGAAAUUUGUCGAAAGUGCACCUAAGGUCUUAAAGGAAAACGUAUUGAAGGAAGAUGCUGAAGCUAUAAAAUCCAAGUUGGAACAGCUUACCUGCAAGGUCACCUUGGAGUAAGCGAGGUUAAAUUGAAAAGCACUAUUACGAAGAAGCUUUGUGCUUCUUAAGAAUUAGUUUUAUAAGCAUGGUAAAAGUAACCCUUACGAUGUUUUAUUUCUAGAAUUUCUAGAAUGGAGUUUUUUUUGGGAAGAAAAAAAAUGUACAUAUACGUACGUAAAUAGCUUUGAUCGUUUGCUAUAAAACUUUUUACCUCUAAAAUCCCCCUUUUUUAUCUACAGUUGAGCUAUGACUUACAAUGUCUGCGUUUUACUUAUGACUCUAAUUCGAUUUUUUCAUAAUUAACAAAGAGAUUCACGAAUGCAUUCAUUAAACUUUUCAAAAUCGUCGUUCAAUGCCUCCAAAUCACAUUCUGUGAUUGGUUCUAUAGUAUUCCAAGCAAUCUCGUGUUCUAAUUCUGGUUUCGGUAUUGCCCAUAUAUUUUCGCGCAUGAGCUUAUGUCGCUCUCUAUCUUCUUCUAAUCGCUUUAAUAUAUCGGCUCUAGAAAUUGACGUGGUCCCUUGAUCUUCACCUGCUUUGCUUGCUUGCUCGUGAGUGUCUACCAAGUUCAUCGCUUCUUGAAGCCGAACAUCAUCUAUUAUGUUCUUCAGGCGCAGUGAGUGGAGCACCUUUCUUACUUCAGGAGCAUUGGCUGCUCCUGCUGUUCCAAUUGGAACCACAUACUCUACCAGUUUUAAAAUAUCACGAGUAAUCAUAGUAAUAUAACCACUAUUGAUUCCAUUUUUUAAACUUAAUUCACACAAAGUAUCCACGAAGUAAAUGAUAU